AACGCGGAAACAGCAGAAGCGGCUGACGGUGAGCUGAGGUCGGUGCAGAACCGGCGACUGCGGGAACGAGCGACACUCGCCACAGAAACCGCGUCUGAAAACCACAUUCUGGGUGUCACAGAUUUACUUUUAUUUCAGGUGGUCGGAUAAGAAACCAGUUUGAGUGGAUAACACCGAACCAGCGAGGGAAAAGGCGGAUUGUUUCUCCCUCCGGCUUGGCUAGUAUUAGUCUGGAUUUGAGAAUGUCGGGGAGCCGAGAGGAGGAGCGGCGGAAACUCGCCGACAUCAUCAACCACUGGAACGCAAACCGGCUCGACCUGUUCGAGAUCAGCCAACCAACCGAGGAUUUGGAGUUCCAUGGGGUGAUGCGCUUUUACUUCCAGGACCGUGUGGCGGGGAAUUUUGCCACAAAGUGCAUCCGAGUGUCCAGUACGGCCACCACACAAGAUGUGAUCGAGACGCUGGCGGAGAAGUUCAGACCCGACAUGAGGAUGCUGUCUUCUCCAAAAUACUCCCUCUAUGAGGUCCACGUCAGUGGCGAAGAGAGGAAACUGGACCUGGAUGAGAAACCACUGGUCGUGCAGCUGAACUGGAAUAAAGACGACAGAGAGGGACGCUUCGUUCUCAAGAACGAGAAUGACAUCAUGCCCAAGAGAACACUGACAAACGGUCCUGAAAAGGAGAAAGAGGGGGUGAUCCAGAACUUCAAAAGAACACUGUCCAAGAAGGAGAAGAAGAAAGAGAAGAAGAGGGAGAAGGAGGCUUUUUCAAGAAUCCCAGAUGGAGACGAUCACGCGCUGAACCGCGAUGAUGGAGAGAACUCCAGAUUAGCAGCCGAGGUUUAUAAAGACAUGCCAGAGACCAGUUUCACAAGGACCAUUUCUAACCCUGAGGUGGUGAUGAAGAGGAGACGACAGCAGAAGCUGGAGAAGAGGAUGCAGGAGUUUCGCAGUGAAGACGGUCGGCCCGACUCAGGAGGCACUCUGAGGAUCUACGCCGAUAGUCUGAAGCCCAACAUUCCCUACAAGACCAUCCUGCUCUCAACUACUGAUAUGGCUGACUUUGCUGUGGCCGAGGCUCUGGAGAAAUAUGGCCUGGAGAAGGAAAACCCUAGAGACUACUGCAUCGCCCAGGUGAUUCAUGCAAAUGAUAAAGCAGUGAAGGAGACCAUAUUAGAUGACACAGACUGUCCUCUGCAGAUCCUCAGAGACUGGACGAGUGAUAAAGAGGCCUUAGUUUUCCAGCUGAAGAAGCGUCCUCCAGAUUACGCUCCGAGGAAAGGACGUAAGCCAGACAACCGGAUGGGGCCGCAGCACGGAUCCAUUCCUCCUGAGAAACUGCCUUACCUGGUGGAGCUGAGCCCAGAUGGCUCCGACUCCAGGGACAAACCCAAACUCUACAGACUACAGCACAGCGUUACUGAGGUUGGAUCUGACCGGAGUGAAGAUGGGAACAUUCAGCUGUUUGGGCCUGGGAUUCUCCCUCAUCACUGUGACCUGAUGCAUGCGGACGGCUUAGUGACUAUAACCCCAGCCAAUAUGGAUGCGGAGACGUUUGUGGACGGACAGCGGAUCGCUGACACUACAGUUCUGCGCAGCGGGGUGACCGUCCAGUUCGGAGCCACUCACGUUUUCAAAUUUGUAGACCCCAGUUAUGACCAGAGCAUGUCCAAAAGAGACCCCGGGCCCAUGAUGAAAGGCAGGCACAAAUCAGGGAGUGUCCCAGAGACGACCUUUGACCUCCACGGGGACAUUCACAGUGGCUCCGCUCUCCCUACAAGCAAGAGCUCAGGGAAGCUGGAGAUGGAGCGUUCUGGAAACAGUGAAAGAGGCCUGGUGAAGCCCAUGAUUCGUGGAGAGCAGCAGGACUUUAGCAAGCAUGAUGGAAGGUCUCAGGACGGCCCGGAGCUCACUCUGCCCGCCAGCAUCGAGUUCAGGGAAAACUCCGAGGAUGCCUUCCUGUCCGCCAUCAUCAACUACACCAACAGCUCGACAGUGCACUUCAAGCUUUCUCCCACGUAUGUGCUGUACAUGACCUGCCGUUACGUCAUGUCCAGCCAAUACCGACCCGACAUCAGUCCCUCCGAACGCACACACAAAGUCAUAGCCAUUGUUAACAAGAUGGUGAGCAUGAUGGAAGGAGUCAUCCAGGAGAUUGCUGAAGGUGAUCAGAAACAGAAGAACAUCGCUGGGGCUCUGGCCUUUUGGAUGGCGAACGCUUCUGAGCUGCUGAACUUCAUCAAACAGGACAAGGAUCUGAGUCGCAUCACGCUGGAUGCUCAGGAUGUGCUCGCUCAUCUUGUUCAAAUGGCCUUCAAGUACCUGGUGCACUGUCUGCAGUCAGAUCUCAAUAACUACAUGCCAGCCUUCCUGGAAGAUCCCGACGAACAAAACCCACAGAGGCCCAAGAUAGAGGAUGUUCUGCACACGCUGACGGGCGCCAUGUCUCUGCUGCGCCGCUGCCGUGUGAACGCGGCCCUCACCAUCCAGCUGUUCUCGCAGCUCUUCCACUUCGUCAACAUGUGGCUCUUUAACAAGCUGGUGACGGAGGCCGAUUCGGGCCUGUGCUCGCACUACUGGGGCGCCAUCCUUCGCCAGCAGCUCAGUCAUAUUGAGGCCUGGGCUGAGAAACAAGGCCUGGAGCUGGCUGCAGACUGCCACCUCAGCCGCAUAGUCCAGGCAACGACCCUCCUUACUAUGGACAAGUACUCCAUGCAAGAUGUCCAGAACAUCAACAACACCUGCUUCAAACUCAACUCUCUUCAGCUCAACGCUCUGCUGAGCAACUACCACUGCGCUCCUGACGAACCCUACAUUCCUCCAGAGCUGAUCGAUCACGUGGUGGCUGUGGCCGAAAACACUGCAGACGAACUGGCCCGAAGCGACGGACGGGAGGUCCAGCUGGAAGAGGACCCUGACCUCCAGCUGCCUUUCCUGCUGCCUGAGGACGGCUACUCAUGCGAUGUGGUGCGCAACAUUCCCAACGGAUUCCAAGAGUUUCUAGAGCCACUUUGCCAGAGAGGUUUCUGUAGAUUGACUCCUCAUCCACGCUCGCCGGGAACUUGGACCAUUUAUUUCGAAGGAGCCAACUGUGACAGUCACUUCUCAGCCGACACCUCAGAACUGCCAAUGCGGAAGGAACCGGAAAUUGUGACUGUGACUUUGAAGAAACACAAUGGAAUGGGCCUCAGUAUCGUGGCGGCCAAGGGUGCCGGGCAGGACAAGCUUGGUAUUUAUAUCAAAUCUGUUGUUAAAGGAGGUGCGGCAGACAUGGAUGGGCGUCUGGCUGCUGGAGACCAGUUGCUUAGCGUGGAUGGACGUAGCCUGGUCGGCCUCUCACAGGAGAGAGCGGCAGAAUUGAUGACACGAACUGGGUCUGUUGUAACGCUUGAGGUGGCCAAACAAGGAGCCAUUUAUCACGGUCUGGCCACACUUCUUAACCAGCCAUCCCCCAUGAUGCCUCGCGCGUCAGACCGUGGUCGUGGAGACAAAGGAAAGUUGAGACCAAAGAGUGAGGGCUUUGAGCUCUAUAACAACUCUGUGCAGAAUGGCUCGCCUGAGAGUCCACAGGGCACAUGGGACACCUAUCCUGAACCAAAGAAGGAGGACAGGUUGUUGAAGAACCGAGCAGACCAUCGCUCAAGCCCAAAUGUGGCCAACCAGGCUCAGAGUCCAGGUGGGAAGCCUGUUUAUCCGGGAGCCCCAGGAAAGAUCACUUCGGUCUCGACGGGUAACCUCUGCCCUGAUGAGGAGCCAUCUCCACCCCGUCCAGAAGCGUAUCCCAUCCCCACGCAGACAUACCCAAGGGAAUACUUCACCUUCCCGGCCUCUAAAUCUCAGGACAGGAUGGGGCCUGGCCAGCCCUGGCAAAACAAUGAACCAGAGCCUCUUCCUCCUAUGGAUAACCACUCCAACAACAGCAUGGCUAUGCAGCGGGUGGCUCGCUCUCAGGAGGAGCUGUGUGACAUGCCGGGCGGGUACCCAGGGGAACGUCUGCGCCAGGAAGACCUAAUGCUCCUCCAGCAGCAGCAGCAGCGUGAAGCUGAGUACCAACGAGGCGUUGGAGAUCACUGGAACCACCAGGUGUCUUCCUCAGUGGAGUCCAGCACCUCCAGCCAAGAGCACCUCAACUUCUCCUCAUCCUCCGGCUCCAGGACCCAGGGCAACCACAAGAGUGGCCCAGGCCGCUGGAAGACCCCACUGGCGCCCCAUUCCGGCCCCGUCUCCCAACCCUCUCGUUCAGACCUUCCUCCACCUCCACCUCCUCCACCAGCACACUACGAUUAUGAGCCACAAACCGACCUGCCGCUUCCACCGCCACCUUCAGCUACACAACAACAGCAGCAGGCAGCAGCCGACCGCAAGAAACGUGAAGACCAACAGCGCUGGUAUGAGAAGGAAAAAGCUCGUCUUGAAGAGGAACGAGAGAGGAAGAGAAGAGACCAGGAGAGAAAAUUGGUGCAAAUCAGAAACCCUUCAGUUUCUGGUCCAGUUAUGCACAAUAACCAGCAUGGCCCGGUGCCACCAUCUCCACAAAUGCCUCCCAUGACAGUUCCUCAAUCAUACCUUCCUCCAGUCCAACAACCUCCGCCGCCACAACCGGCUCGACCCGAUAAACUCUCCAGUCUUCCUCGCCAGCCUCCGCAAGACACCGUAAUCCGGGACCUCCUGCCGCAGCAACAACCGCGAACCAUCGAGAGACGCGACCUGCAGUACAUCACCAUCAGCAAGGAGGAGUUAUCGGCCAGCGACAGCCUGUCACCCGACCCCUGGAAGAGAGAUGCCCGGGAGAAACUGGAGAAGCAGCAGCAGCUUCACAUCGUUGACCUUCUGGACAAGGAGAUCCAGGAGCUGCAGGCCAAACCCGAGCGCACGGCCGAGGACAACGACCGCCUACGCAAACUCAUGCUGGAGUGGCAGUUCCAGAAGAGACUGCAGGAGUCCAAGCAGAACGAAGAGGACGAGGAGGAGGAAGACGAUGAAGAUGUGGACACCACGCUCAUCAUGCAGAGACUGGAGGCAGAGAAGAGAGCACGGCUGCAGGACGAGGAGCGACGACGGAAGCAGCAGCUGGAGGAAAUCCGUAAGCGCGAGGCAGAAGAGCGAGCCAAACAGGAGGAGGAGAGACGCUGGAGAGAGGAGGAGAGAGCCAGGAGAGAGACCGACGAGAAGAGGAGACAGGAGGAAGAGUACUACACCCGCCUGGAGGCAGAGCGGCGCCGGCAGCACGAGGAAGCCGAGCGCAAGCUGCCGACGCCAGAUGAGACGGGUCUGUACAGACCCCCUUUACCCCGGGACUACCAGCCCCCUUCUCCCUCAAGCGCACCCGCCACUAACCACAGCACCAGCGCCCCCCCGCCUCCGCCUCAGAGAAACACCUCCUACCUCAAAACCCAGGUCGCCUCCCCAGACACCAUUUACACUGCCAAGUUUGUCUCGUACAAUGACGAGGAGGAGGAGGAUGAGGAAGAUGCGGGCCUAACAGGUCAGGUUAAGCUCUCGGCCACCCGCAAGUCCUACGGCGACCUUCCGCCUGCCCAAAAGUCCCAGCCGCCGCCAACCGCGCGCAAGCCCCGUCCCGUCUCAGAUGGCAUCUUUCUGUCCAACUCAUUCCAGCUGCCUGCUGCGCUCAAUGCCAACAGUACUGCUCUCAAGACAGGGCAGCCCCCUCUCCCCUUCACCAAACCCAGCUUCAUCCCAUCAGCCAACUCCAAAGGAUUUAAUUCAUACACUGGAAACACAACAGGACUAGGAUCAGGAGAGGUGUAUAAAGACCCGCGAGACAAAUGGACCAAAGGCAGCCCGGAUCAAGAGAACACAAUUGGAGGAGCUCCAGAAAACCUGACCUUCAAGGAGCGCCAGAGACUCUUCUCGCAGGGGAAAGAGGUCUCCAAUAAAGUCAAAGCGUCCCGAAAGCUGAUGGAACUGGAGAACGAACUCAACAUAAAACAGUAGAGCUCAAAACACAGGACUCCAUGCCAAUCUGUGACCACCACACACACACACACACAAAACACACACUCUCUUGGGGAUUAUUGAAUAACUGGACGAUUAGCUGCAAUAAGAGAUCAUAUUCCCCUGGAAAAGAGAUAUAUAAUAAGAAAGCACUGUAAAUUCUUUUAAUUCUAUGAAUAAGAAACGUCAGAUGACAUGAAGGGCGUCUAUUUUUGUUUGUGAAAUUCAAAAAAUGACGCUUUUUAUAAUUUUUUUUUAAUAGGCAGUAAUGUGGGAUAUUUUAUGGUGUUAUUUUAUUCAUCUUUACACUAUUGUUUUGCUUUUUGUCGAAGUUUAAGUGUCGAUAUGAUUGACCAAUGAAAAUACGCUACAUAAGAACUACACACUAUGAAUCAUCUCUUAAGCAUUAGCAAAUAGUGAAUCCAUUAUUUGUUAAGCAUUAACUCUACAUUAAUAAGCAUUAGUAAGCAGUUUAGACAGUAAAUGCAGCUACACAUGCUGUCUUACUGACUUAUAAGAACAUUUAUAAUGAUGUGUUUUCAUACUUUAUUACUUACUAAUUGUUCAUUACUAAAUGAAGUAAUGCAUUAUUGACAAACUUAAGUUAAGAGUAAUUGAUGGCUUUUAGAAUCAUUCAGAAUGAGUUAGUAAAUGGUUAAUAACUAUUGAAAUCAACAUUUAUAUCUUAUUAUUCAGGCAUAUAGUAAUGGUUACUAUGUGUGUUAAUAAAUGCUUUAUUAACGCAACUUAUCUAAAUCUAAAGUGAGGACUAUUUAUGCUUUAUAAAUCGCUUCUAAAUGACUAUUAAAGCCUGAUGUUGAGUUAAUAAAGCUUUUAUUAACAUACAAAUGAACUAGUAGUAUAUGCCUGAAUAAUAAAAUAUCUACAUGUUAAUUUGAAUAGUUUAUUAAUCAUUUACUAACUCAUUCUGAAUGAUCAUAAAAUAGCAUCAACUAUUCUUAAAUAACUAGUUUGUAAGUAAUGCAUUACUCAAUUAAUAAGUAAUAAAGUAUGAAAACACAAUCAUUAAGCACAUUAUAAAUGGGAUUAUACUGUAAGUCAAGAAUGGAGCAUUUGUGCUGUAGCUGGAUUUAUAAACUGCUUACAUCUGUUAAUGUAGAGUUAAUGCUUAAUAAUAAAUUCAAUGUUUGCUGAUGCUUAAUAAAUGAUUCAUAGUGUGUAGUAGUUAUAAUAAAGUGUUACCAACAGCAGUAACUUUAUAACUACACACUGAAUCAUCUCUUAAGCAUUAGCAAAUAGUGAAUCCUGUAUUUGUUAAGCAUUAACUCUACAUUAAUAAGCAUUAGUAAGCAGUUUAGACAGUAAAUGCAGCUACACAUGCUGUCUUACUGACUUAUAAGAACAUUUAUAAUGAUGUGUUUUCAUACUUUAUUACUUACUAAUUGUUCAUUACUAAAUUCAGUAUUACAUUAUUGACAAACUUUGUUUAAAAGUAAUUGGUGGCUUUUAGAAUCAUUCAGAAUGAGUUAGUAAAUGGUUAAUAACUAUUGAAAUCAACAUUUAUAUCUUAUUAUUCAGGUAUAUAGUAAUGAUUACUAUGUGUGUUAAUAAAUGCUUUAUUAAGUCAACUUGAUGCAGUUUUGUGACCUAAUCUAAAGUGAGGACUAUUCAUGCUUUAUAAAUCCCUUAUAAAUCACAACUAAAGGAUCAGUAUCAAAUUAACAAUACAUGUUUGCAAUCUUAUCUAAAAUAUAAAACGACUGUAAACUUCAAACAGGAGUGUCAAAAUACAAAUAGAAAUAAACACAAUAAAUAAAACUGGAUAAAACAACAAUAAUCUAAUAAUGUAACGACAUAUAUGAUACAACAUUUCAGUGUUUUUAGUGAAGUUUAAACUGUGCAGUCAUUUUAUUUUAGUUAAGAUUGCUGAUUAAUUUUUUAUUUGAUACAGAAUAGAAAUGCUUGUCAUUUAUUUCCUUUUUUUCCCUGUUUAGAAUUUAAUUGAGCCUUUAAUUGUGAUUUAUAAGGGAUUUAUAAAGCAUAAAUAGUCUUUACUUUAGGUCACAAAACUGGAAGAAGUUGAGUUAAUAAAGCAUUUAUUAACAACAUACAAAUGAACUAUUAGUAUGUCUGAAUAAUAAGAUAUUAACAUGUUAAUUUAAAUAUUAAUAAUUUACUAACUCAUUCUGAAUGAUCUUAAAAUAGCAUCUACUAUUCUGAAAUAACUAGUUUGUCAAUAAUGUAAUACUGAAUUUAGUAAUGAACAAUUAGUAAGUAAUAAAGUAUGAAAACACAUCAUUAUAAAUGUUCUUAUAAGUCAAGAAGACAGCAUGUGUAGCUGCAUUUACUGUCUAAACUGCUUACUAACGCUUAUUAAUGUAGAGUUAAUGCUUAAAUAAUAAUGGAUUCACUAUUUGCUAAUGCUUAAGAGAUGAUUCAGUGUGUGUAGUUCUUAUAAAGUGUUAACAGAACAGCUUUCAGUUCAGAACGGCACCAUUAUUGAUAUAGAUAUACAGUACAGGAGGCUCACGGUUUUGUCGCACUGUUUAUUAUUUUGGAUACACAGGCACCUUUCCGCCAUUUUUGUUUUCUUUUUUCGUGUGUGUGUGUCUGGAUUCGAGUUAUUUUGCGCGAAAACGACCUUGUUAGCACCACUUGUGAAUCUUUAUUGAGAAUGUAGUCGUUUUUGAUGAUUUUUUACUGUCAUUCCGUGAGAGCGCUGAGGUUUACCACUUUUAUAUAUAAAAACAUUUAGGAUUUUCUAAUUCCCAGAGUUUCUCUCUCUCUCUUGUGUUUGAUUUAAAGCAGACGAUGGCUAAAACUAAGUUUGAUGGUAGUAUAAUGAUAAAGAAAGAGAGAUGAUUUAAAUGAAGAGGUCGCAGGUGUAUUUAUUUGAACUGGUGGCGGAUUAGUUUGUAUUUAUGAGUCUGCAGGUUGGAUUGGAUUGAGUUCAGCAGUUUUUCCCCCUCGGCUCUCAGUAUUUGCAGACGUUUCUUUAAAUCUUCUGCGUCUCUUCAUUGCUAGUGUAGUCCUGUUGGCGCCUGUGUAUAUAAUUUUCCAGAAAACUCUGACUUUGUACAUUCAGAUGAUGCAUAAAGGGUCAUGUCAGUAUCCUUCUUUUGUUUUGCCACUUUGAGAAAUGUAAACUGACACCGUAUACACAUACAAACACACACACACACACACACACACACACACACUCGUGUUUUCAUUUUAGGUUAAAGAUGAAUUUGUUUGAUUCAUUUUAAUGGUUGUUACAUAGGCUUUUGUAAAUCAUAAAUAAAUACAGAUUUUACAAAAAAA